UUCAUCGCAACUUUAACGGUAGAAUUGAUAUCCAAAGAAACGCGGGAAAUGUGCAAACUUGUACGGCAUUUUUAGAAUAAUGGCUAUCCUUAAGUCUGAAGAAAUCAUCAACACAGUAAGAACCAUUCUGAAAUCACUGGAAUGUGCUAUUUGCUUGGAACCAAUGCAGACACCUAUGUCUACAGGAUGUGGACAUUUUUUCUGUCGAUUCUGCAUUACAGAAUUGCUGAAUUCAAAAUACCGUGCUCCAUGCCCAUUGUGUAAAAAAUCUUUCACUCGAAGGAGUGUUCAGGAAGUUAUUCAGCGUCAGUCAAUAGUGGUUGCUGCUCGAAAACUAGCUGUAACUUGUGAGAAUAUUAUAGGAAUCAAAUCAGUUUUCUCUAAAACAAGGGAGGAUUUAGUAUCUUCCAAAGCAGAAGAAAAAACAGCUAAAGAAAAUAGAAAAGUGUCCAAAAAAAGAAAAUCCGAGGAAAUUCAUACGGAUGGUGAUGAAUCAAAAACUGAGCAUAUUACUCAUAUUGCAAAUAAAAAAGAAGUUGCCGAAAAAGAAAUAAAUGUUUCCAAUUCUGCAUCCAGUGAAGAUGAAAUUUUGCCUACUAAUAAGUGUCUUGUGCCACAAGAUUUGGAUACAUUCCGAACUUUGCCAUGCACUGUGCCAAUUCAAAAAAUGGUAGAACUGGACCAGUCUAAUCCUGCUUUGUUUUUUCAUCCACCAAAAAAGUCUUAUUUGAGAACUUAUUCUAGGAAGGCUCUAAAACAUGAUAAUAAGACACAUAUAGCUUCUGUUUUAUCUGAUUCAUCUAAGGAAAUGUCAUGUGAGGUAUCUCAUCCUGGGAAAAAAAUCAAGGAUGAUGAAUCGACAGAAAGUCAAAAUUUGCCACUGAUUUCUGAAAAUCCAGUAGUCGUUAAUAAUAUGAAAAUAAGGAGGAAAAGUCGAUUAAAUUUGAAAGCCUCUGAACAAAAGAAAAAAAUUAUGAACAAAAACAGGUUAAAUGCUUUAAAGAACAAAACUAAUGAAGUCGAUAAAGAUAAAUAUAUUAUAAAUGAUGACUCUUUCUUGUCUAAAGCUUCUAAAAAGGAUAAUGAUCUAAAAAGAAAUAAUACUGUAGGUGAUGAGCUAGCAAAAGAAAAUGAUGGUAAGUUUAUAUCAAGCCCGAAGAGAGCCAAGAAUGUGAAACAUUUGGAAAAAAAUAAUGAUACUCCCUGCAUUAAAAAGUCAAGAGGUCGAUCUGCAAAGCGUGGCAAAAGGCUUGUCAAGGUUACCACCCCAAUUUCUAAUUUAUCAGCUGAUGAAGAAACUGUGUACUUGAGACUGGAAGAUGCAGAGAAUCACCAUCUUCCAGUUAUUAAUGAUUCAGUAGGUGAGAAAACUCCAAAAAGAAGAUCUUUCGAAAAGGAAUGCUUCAAUCUGAAUGAAAUUGAUAUUUCACCCAAAACUUCAAAUCAUCCUUUAAAAACUGUAGUUGCAGCAGAACCAUCUGAACUUUUAGAAUCAGAAAUGUGUCCGGAUACUGCAAUAUCAGUGUAUUCUGUAGCCAGCCCAGAAGCAAAUAAAACAGUACUUUCACAUAAGUCACCUGGAUGGUCUCGAGUCAAAGCAAUUGGGAAAGAUUUUCGUAUGAAAAAAUUUUCUAGGUUAAAUAUUGAGAAAAAUUUGCCUCAUGUGUUACUGAAAGACAUAAAUGCUGAUGACAGCAUGCAAGAUACAGUAACAAGUUCUAAAACUGAUGUUGUUUGCUACUCUAAUGAAACUGAAAAUGUUGUAACUAAACCUAAUUUUGAUAUAAAUGACCCUUCAGCAGCAAAGGAUAACUGUUAUAAAAAUUUGGCAUGCCAGUCUUCUCAAGCGGAAAAUGAGCAUGAUGAGGGCACUAAAAAUACUGAAAUUAAUUUGAUUUCUGACUGUCAUCCUGAAAGAGAAUCUGGAAAGGAACUAACAAAAAAAGCUUCAACAGUUUUUGGCCAGAGUAAUCAACAGUGUUCAGAAUCUGCUCGAUCAAGCAGUGAGGAAAAUAUAUUUGCCACAAAAGUAUCUGGGCUUACGAAUCAAGAUAUUGUGGAUGUUCAUGGUGGUGAAACUUCUAGUGAAAAUACUGGUGAGUUUGUUAUUACAAGUGAUCAAAAUAAUGAAAUAGAGUGUCGAAACUUGAACAAGCAAUCUGAUACUAAUAGCUUAAUUACAAUGCCAGAGAGAAGUAAAUCUUCAGACAGCCUGCCAGUUUCUUUAGAAUGCAACAGCCACGUUAAAGGGGAUAAAAGAAAGGAUACUGAAGUUUCUUUUGAAGCUGUUUCAGCUUUUACGGGUGAUCUAAAUUAUUGUCCAGUGGGUCUAAGUGGAAAUGUUAAUAGUAUUGCAGAAGAUCGAGAUAAAAACAGUAUGCAAGCAGAAGAAAGUCUAAUGGACAUUGACAUUGUAAAUGCCAAUGACAGUGAAAUUUUUGAACCUGAUCCACUACAUUUAAAGAAUUUCAUAUCAAAAAAAUGUAAUGAGGAACUGAAGCAUUUAUACAAAAGUGCUGCAGUUAAUGUUGAAGUGUUACAUGAAAUAAAUAAGAAAUUAGAUAAAUCAACUUCAUUUCAACCGUCAGAUGUGCAAAACAAAAAUGAAAUGAACACAAGUAAUGAAGUAGACUCGCAUUUCUCAAAAUUUAGUAAGUCGUCAGUCUUGGAAUCUGCUUUACACGAUGAUGAGGAAGAUGAUAUCCGUUAUAUAGAACACUCUCAACAGACAUCUCAAAGGUUUUACAAUAUCUGUGACAAUACAGGCAUCAGGCAAAAUAAUUUGUUAUCAGUUGUUCAGAAAGAAUCCAUGUUGUUGUCUGUUAGAGAUGCGGCAUUUAAACAUGAAGCCUCUCUGAUAAAUUUGAAAGAGAGAGAUCAGAAAGGAAGCUGUCAAAAUUUUUCUUUUACAAAUGUGCCAAAAACAAAGGUUGUGAAAAGAACUUGUCUAACUUUGGAAGAAAUACAAGAUGCUUUUGUGAAAAGUAAUAUGUCAGGUCAAAUCGAACCAAUCUGCUGUCUUCCAUUUUUAGCUAGAGAUUUUAAACUUGAUAUUUGUGUAUCUGAAGAAACACUUAAUAUUUCUGUUUUAAAAGUAAUAGAAUCCGGUGAAGUUGCACAAGAUAAUGCAUUAUUUUCUGAGAAAAAUAUCCAAACUUCGAACUGUAAUAUGCCUUUGAAUUCACCAUUAGCAAUAGAACUAUCAUCAAAUGUGGAAUCAGAUGCAUCAAUUUUAGAAGAAUGUAAUCCUCCAAAAAAAUUUAAAAAUAUGCUUGAUUCUUUACCGUGCCUUAAUAACUACACUAUAGAUCCCCAAAAUGCAUUGCAAAAACACAGCUCAUUACUUCAUCAUGAGGAGAAUGUCCCAGAACCGUCUGCUGAUGUUAUUUCUCCACAGCAUAAAAGGCUGCUUUCUGGUUUUUCUAAAAAUGUAAUGUUUGAGGACCUUCCAAAAGUCACUGAAACUGAAAGUGUGUUGAAUCAACCUGAAAAAAAUACUUCAGAAAUUCCUGUUUGUAGUACUUCACAAAAACAAACUAAUAUUGAGCAGCAUUCUGAAAUUUCAGAGAAGAAAAUUAUUCUUCCAGAGCUGCAGCAGUGUUCUGUGGAAAUUCCAAAUUCAGAACAAGAACAGAGUUUUUUAAAUAAACUUGAAGAAAAUAACCCAGAACAUUUAAUUUGUACAUCAUCUUCACAGCAGAAAAAUCUAUUGCAUUUUGAAAGUUCAAAUGAUGUAGUUGUAGGAAACGUUCCAAAAAAUGAUCAAAGUCAUACAGAAUCUCGCAGCUCCAAACAAGUAGAUCAUUCUUUAAAUCAGCUUGCAGAAAAUAUUCCUAAACAUCCCAUUCAUGUUAUUCCUCCUCAGCAUGAAAAGCAAGAUCUUCAGAGUGAAUGUAAUGUAAUAUUUAGUGUUAUUCCAAAGACAAAUCAAAGUAGUGAUACAAAUGAUGAUGUACAUGAUAUUCAUUGUUUACUUGUUAAAGUGGCAGAAACCAAUCCAAGAAUAAACAAAAGUACUGAAAAAUCACAACCCUGUAUCACAGUUAAUGAAAAUUUUGCAAAAUCUCCUGACACUGAUGUAUUGAGACAGAAAACUGUGGAAGUAUCACACAAAGAAAGCACUAAUGCCUGUUCGAAUAAUACAUCAAAAAGCAAAAUUAGUUUUUCCUUGAACAAGGAAGACUCAGAUUUGAGUUUCAGUCAAUCAUCAACAGAAGAAUGUGAUCCUUUUCAGCUGAAUGCUUCAUUUUACAGGAUCAGAUCAGUUCCUUCUUCUAAUUAUAAACAAAUAGAUGAAGAUCUUUCAUCUGAUCCUGAUAUGGCCUUUGCUAAUGAAAUGGUAGCACCUCUGAGAAAUUUAGCAGAGAAGAUGGAUCCUUGCAGUAAUAAAAUGUCAAAAGAUGAACAUGAAAAAAGAGAAAAAGUUGAUGAAUUUACAAGCUUGAAUGAUUCAGAUAAAAGAGAUUGUUCUGGAAACUUAGACUUACUUGAAAAGUUGGUUUCUUCUGGAAAUAAGAAAACUUCUCAGAAAUCAAGUCGAUUGUCACUUAGAUUGAGAAAUAAUAAAUCUAGCAAGUUUAAGCGCAUAAAAAGUAAUGAUUCUACUGAUGACUCGGAUGAGGAGCUUUUGUUGGAAAAUAAAAAGUCUUCCAAGAAAAUUUGUUCUGAACCAAGUGAUAAAUGCAGCAAUACAGUUUUAGAGAAAUCAAGUGACAAGAGUAGUCCAUCUCGUAUUUUAAAUUCGGCAGUAUCUAGUAAGUAUAAAUUUCCAUUUUGUUAG